CCAAAAAUUUCAGCGUAUGAAGCAAGUCGCGGUUGCGACCUAGCACAACUCGAUUCCUCCGUGGUUCCUCCAGCAGUCACAGGAAUUCCGUCACUCGCUUCCGUCAUUCCUAUCACUCCCGCGCCCGUUGCCCACACGCUCCCCCUUGCGUGCACCGUCCCGUCAAGGGGCGACCUGUCUCACAGCGACACCGGUGGAACCCUCUGCACCUGUCGGCCGGAAUUUGACUUUGGGGGCGCCAACUGCUUUUGGUGUCACGUUGUCACAGCCGUCACGCCUGAGCGACGCACAAGAUUCAGCGGAGCGCGACUUGCUCCUACGAUUGGCCGGAGCUGUGUUCGUUCGUUGAAUCAGCCAGCAGCUAUCUUCUCUGUGCUAGCCACAAUACCCAAGGGACAGUCGGAGUGGCAGAAGACUAAGGCAGCCACGAUGCUCUCGGAGGAGUUCUUCUCAACUAUCUGCGGGGGCCCGCUAUCCUCCAACACGGCCAUUGCCAAAGAUGUCGGCAUAUAUUGCCACACGCUCAGUCCCGCGUACUCGGUCAAGUCGACCUUCAAGAAUAGCUCGAGUUCAGUGAACAGUCUCGGCGUCAGCGAGACCCACGUGUUCGCUGCCCAGCAUGAGAAGGCGUAUGUGCACGUCUACUCCAGGCUCCGUGGCAAUCAGGAAGCGUUUGUCCCCUUUCCCGAGCGGAUAAGGUGCUUGACGCUGGCCGGCGAUGUCGUCGUCGUGGGCACAACAGAAGGCCGUCUAAUGCUUUGGGAGACAUGCACUGGCCGACUAGUGUCAACGCCAGCCCGCCACGUCCAGGCAGUGUCCUGCCUUGCUGCCACGCCCUACCAUGUCCUCUCAGGAUCUGACGACUCGAAUAUCCACGUGUGGUCUCUGCCUCAACUGCUCGAGCUGGACUCGGCUGGCGAGCACGAGCCACAACGGAGCCUCUCUCACCACAGGGCUGCCGUCACGGGUCUCGCGGCCAGCCCGAGCACCAGCAGCGAGACGAAUUUCUGUGUGUCGGCGAGUAAGGAUAAGUCCUGCGUCAUCUGGAACUACCAGACCGGAGAUGCGUUGCGCACUGUACUCUUCCCCAGCCCCCCUCUUUGUCUGUCCCUCGACCCAUCCGCCAGGGCCAUCUGUGUUUCCUGCGAGGAUGGUUCGCUCUACGUGACAGAGGUGUUUGCCGAGAAGCCUCUCCUUGGGGCUGGAGCUGAAGAUCUGUCGGCAACCGUUCCGGUCUCCUCGCCGUUUGGCGCGACGCAACCCGACGUUGGGCCGGCUUCCUGUCUUAGCUUGAGCUACGAUGGCACUGUGCUACUGACCGGGCACCCGAGAGGCCAGAUAUUGAGAUGGAACAUUGCAGAAAACAAGUCGCCCGUCGAGUUGGCCAAUCUCAACGCCGCCGUCACCAAUAUCGCCUUUGUUUCGCCGUUUCCAACAGGCAGGCCUACGAAAACUGUGAACAUCGUCAAGCCUGGCCUGGCCAAGGGGGCGUACGCUUUCAACAGCCAAUUCGAUGCCGGUUUGAUGCCGGAAACCAGAUUCGACUCGCUGCUUAACACCAGAGGCUUUUCGCAAGAAGCGGUGGAAAGCGCGAUUACAGCCUUUUACCAACCAGCAACCGAAUCAGCUGGCGACCAAGAUUUGCAGAGGCAAAAUGAAGAGUUGUGGGAGAUAAUCAGAGAGCAAAGAGCGCUCCAGAAGCGAACGCUGCAACGCUAUGCUGAAACGAAGUCCAGUCGCUGAGUGGCAGGGACUGCAAGACCUGCUGUCAACCGGUGGGGGCGCUUCCAGGACGCAUGGCUCCAUGCUGGGAUGCCCAAAUAGAGUCGUGUGAUUGUUUGCCGUACAUGUUCAGAGCUUCCCGAACAUCCGGUACGCGCUGUCCUGCUUGUCCCCCGUUCCCGCUAUUGCUCAGUGGUACCUGU